AGAGCCGACUGGAAAUGGGAAGCGGCUGCGGCGCCUUUAAGGAGUAGCCCCUGGCACGAGGCCCUGCAGUCCAGGCCCGAUCCCGGAGUCCAGGCCCGAUCCCGGAUCCACGAUGCCGCUGGUGAUCCUGUGCGGGUUCCCCUGCAGCGGGAAGAGCCGCCGGGCGGCCGAGCUGAGCGAGUUUGUCCGGGAGAAGCUGCAGCGGAAAGUGGUGGCGGUGGGAGAGCGGAGUGUGGGGGCGGAGAGAAACUCGGUCUAUUCCGAUUCCCGGAAAGAGAAAGAACUGCGAGGAACACUGAAAGCUGAAGUAGAAAGGAAAAUCAAUAAGGAAGAUGUAGUAAUUAUGGAUUCUCUCAAUUACAUCAAAGGUUACAGAUAUGAACUUUUCUGUCUGGUAAAGCAUGCACAGACUCCACACUGUUUGAUUCACUGUGAUACUGCCGUCGACGUCUGUUCAUCGUGGAACCAGCAGAGAGCUCCGGAGGAGCAAUACUCCCAGGAAGUCUUCGACGCGCUGGUGAUGCGAUUCGAGGCACCAGAAUCCCGGAACCGAUGGGACAGUCCGUUGUUUACCAUCCAGAAGGACGACACCCUCCCGUUUGAGGCAAUAAUCAACGCGAUCCUCCACAGGAAAGCCCCACCGCCCAACCAGUCAACGCUAAACCAACCACGUUCAUCUACGAACUUCAUGUAUGAGUUGGACAGAGUUACACAGGAGAUGGUCAUGACAAUAUUAAACGCACAGAAGACAAGUGUACCAGGAGACCUGAUAACGGUACCUGGAGCCAGUGUGAAGAUCGAGUUGACGCGAAACCUCCCCAUGGCUGAACUCCGUAAGCUGAGGCGACAGUUUGUCAGCUAUACCAAGAUGCACCCAACAGAAAACAUCGGACAGAUAGCAAACAUGUUUGUACAGUACAUUAGCCGAAGCCUACAUUAACCAGCAUGGAAAAGCAGCAGAUUGUGACUUGGAUUUCGUAACAAUAAAAAUUUUUUUCGGCAAA